AUGCACGUUAGAAGCUACCUGUCUGCCGUCCUGUACGGCCUGCCAGCACUGACCCAAGUUGCUGCUGCCAAGUCCACAGGGGACCCUUUCCAACUCUACACCAUCAGCGCAGAGAACAUCACAGCCAAGCUCAUCCCCUACGGAGCACGCUUGACUUCUCUCCUCGUCCCUGACCGCGACGGCAACUUCCAGGAUGUCGUCGUAGGCUACGACGACCCCAAGCAGUAUCUUAAGGACUCCGAGACCAACCACACCUUCUUCGGUGCCGUCGUCGGCCGAUACGCCAACCGCAUUAAGAACGGCACGUUCUCGAUCGGUUCAGAUGUGUACCAUAUCCCCGAGAACGAAAAUGACGGUGAAGACACGCUCCACGGAGGUACCGUUGGCUACGACCAGCGCAACUGGACCGUAACCGCGUACAGCAAUUCCUCCAUCACAUUCACCCUGGUUGACCGUGCCUUCGAAGACUUCCCCGGAGACGUCAUCACCCAUGCCACAUUCAGCGUGCAAACCAAAGUCACCCCCGAGAACCCCCAAGGUCUCCCUCAAUUGACCACCAAACUCGUCUCUCUUGCCCUGACCGAGACAACCCCAAUCAUGCUGGCCAACCACAUCUACUGGAACCUGAACGCCUUCAAGGAUGAGACCGUCCUCGAAGACACCUGGCUCCAGCUGCCACUCUCCAAGCGCCUCAUCGGCACAGACGGCAUCCUAAUCCCCAACGGCACCAUCCUCGACGUCGACGUCUACGACAGCGCCCCGGACUUCGUCUCCGGCAAACUCGUCGGCCAAGACAUCGCGAAAGCCGACGGACUCUGCGGCGAUGACUGCACCGGCUAUGACAACUGCUUCAUCGUAGAUCGUCCUCCUCAAUACGCAGCUCGUAACUCCAUCGUCCCGAUCGUCCACAUGAACUCCAGCACCACCGGAAUCAGCCUCGACGUCGCUACCAACCAGCAAGCUCUCCAGAUCUACUCUUGCAACGGCCAGAACGGCACCAUCCCCGUCAAGCAAUCGCAAGUCCAGCGCAACAAGGCCGAGGGUGUCGAUGGCGCUGAAUACGUCAACCAGCAUGGUUGCAUUGUCAUUGAGACUGAGGGCUGGAUUGACGGUAUUAACAACCCUCAGUGGGGUCAAUUGUCGGACCAGAUCUAUUCUCCUGAGACAGGGCCCGCUGUUAACUGGGCUACUUACCAGUUUGGUACUGUGUAA